AUGGCCAACCCCAGUGUCACCUCAGAUCAUCCCCUAGCUCCCCACGGUCACCACGUCUUGCAGCCCCCCAGCGUCACCACGGCCAUCCCAAGUGUCACCCCAGAUCAUGCCUUAGCCCCCCAGGGUCACCAUAUCCCCAGGGUCACCGCAGAUCAUGGCUUAGUCCCCCAGGAUCACCACAGACAGCCUUCCAGCCCCCCCAAUGUCACCAUGGCCAGCCCCAGUGUCACCCCAGGGGUCCCCACAGACAGUCUUCCAGCCCCCCCCAAUGUCACCAAGGCCAGCCCCAGUGUCACCCCAGGGUCACCAUGGGUCACCAUUGUCAGUUCCCGGGGUCACCACGGAUCAUGGCUUGGCCCCCCAGGGUCACCACAGACGGCCUUCCAGCCCCCCCAAUGUCACCACGGCCAGCCCCAGUGUCACCCCAGGGUCACCAUGGAUUAUGGCUUGGCCCCUCAGGGUCCCCACAGACAGUCUUCCAGCCCCCCCCAUGUCACCAAGGCCAGCCCCAGUGUCACCCCAGGGUCACCAUGGGUCACCAUGGAUUAUGGUUUAGCCCCCCAGGGUCACCACAGACAGUCUUCCAGCCCCCCCAAUGUCACCAAGGCCAGCCCCAGUGUCACCCCAGGGUCACCAUGGUCAGCCCCCGGGGUCACCACAGAUCAUGGCUUAGCCCCCCAGGGUCACCACAGACGGCCUUCCAGCCCCCCCAGUGUCACCAAGGACAGCCCCAGUGUCACCCCAGGGUCACCAUGGUCAGUCCCCAGGGUCACCACGGAUCAUGGCUUAGCCCCUCAGGGUCACCACAGACAGCCUUCCAGCCCCCAAAAUGUCACCACGGCCAGCCCCAGUGUCACCCCAGGGUCACCAUGGGUCACCACUGUCAGUCCCCGGGGUCACCACGGAUCAUGGCUUAGCCCCUCAGGGUCCCCACAGCCAGCCUUCCAGCCCCCGCAAUGUCACCAUGGGCAGCCCCAGUGUCACCCCAGGGUCACCAUGGGUCACCAUGGAUUAUGGCUUAGCCCCCCAGGGUCACCACAGACGGCCUUCCAGCCCCCCAAUGUCACCGUGGCCAGCCCCAGUGUCACCAUGUGUCACCCCAGGGUCACCCCGGCCAGCCCCCCCCGCCCGCCCCGGGCCGCCAUGGCCCGGUGCCGUGGCGUCCCCUCAGGGCUCGGCCUGGGGGCGGGAGGCCCGAGGAGGGGCCGCCUCCGCCGCCAGGCCUCGGCCCGAGGCGGACCAGGCCCGGGCGAAGCCGGGGGCCGAAGUCGGGGCCAAGGCCGGGCCAGGCUGCGCGCGCGGUGCCCCCCGCCCUACGCGAGGCCCCGGCUCGGCCCCGGCUCGGCCCCGGCUGGGCCCGUCCUCCCGGCAGCCUCCGGGCGGGGCCUGGCCCCCGUCCCCCCGUCCCCCGUCCAUCAGCCUCCCGCUUACCUGUUCCGCGGGGCCUGGGGCUCAUUCCCGCCCGGGCCCCCGGCCGGCCCGCAGCCCGGGCGGCCCCUGGCCUCCUGCCCCCGGGCCUCCUGCCCCCCGGCCUCCUGCCGCUCGAAAGACGUGAAGAACGAAUGUGGUCAGGAAGCGGGUUUCCCAAUGUCCACGCUCCAUUAA